AUGGUGGGAGGCGAAGAAGUGAGGAACAAACAGGUGAUAUUUAGAGACUAUGUCAGUGGUUUUCCCAAGGAAUCUGAUAAGUACAUAACCACAGACAAGACCUUACAUUUGAAGGUUCCUGAAGCCUCAAAUGGUGUUUUAGUGAAGAAUCACUACUUGUCUAGUGACCCUUACAUGCGUCUUCGCAUGCAAAAACAUGGGGACCUUGAUGGUAUGCCUGGUCUGACUGCUUAUGUUGGAUUUUAUGAGAUUUGUACUCCAAAGAAAGGAGAGAAAGUAUUUGUUUCUGCAGCAUCUGGUGUAGUUGGCCAGGUUGUUGGGCAAUUUGCAAAACUAAUGGGUUGCUAUGUUGUUGGUAGUGCUGGAAGCAAAGAAAAAGUUGACCUGUUGAAGAACAAGUUUGGGUUUGAUGAUGCUUUCAAUUAUAAGAAAGAACAUGACCUGGAUGCAGCUUUGAAGAGGUACUUCCCGGAAGGUAUUGACAUUUACUUUGAGAAUGUUGGGGGAAAGAUGCUAGAUGCAGUACUCCUCAAUAUGAAAAUUCAUGGUCGGAUUGCUAUGUGUGGAAUGAUCUCCCAAUACAACAAUAUCCACGAACCUGAAGGAGUAACCAACUUGAUAGAACGAAAUAUAACAUAUGUGGAAGAUAUUGCUGAAGGCCUUGAGAGCGGCCCUGCGGCUCUUGUAGGUCUUUUUAAUGGCUUGAACAUUGCAAAACAGGUGAUUGUAGUUGCUCGUGAAUGA